CUCAUUCCUACCUCAACUAACCCCCCCCCCCUCUCUGUCACAGGCCUUCCGACAACUGUCCCACCGAUUCCACGGGAAAGGCUCGGGAAAGAUGAAGACGGAGAAGCGGAUGAAGAAGCUGGAGGAGGAGCACCUGCUGAGGAAGAUGAGUUCGAGUGAUACCCCGUUGGGGACGGUGGCUUUGCUGCAGGAGAAGCAGAAGGCCCAGAAAACGCCGUACAUCGUGCUGAGCGGCAGUGGGAAGAGCAUGAACGUAAACACGAUCACCAAGUGAAUCUCGAGCAGGGGCUGGGCUGGAGUGUGGCGAUCGUCUGUAAAAUGCCGCGUGUGGGGUGGGGGGGUUUGAGAUUGUCUCUGUGUGCGACUUGGUUUAGUUUUUCUUUGCCUCUGUCUUUACUGUGUACAUUUAAUAAAAGCUUACUUUUUUCCUUG